GAGACGAAUCGUCAGCCGGUAUGUCACUUUCGCCGGUUUCGUCGGUGAUGCUUCUUUCCAUCGGUGAUAUUUCGUUCCGACCAAAAGCGCCGGGUUGCAAUCAGGGAGAAAAUUUUUUUUGUUUUUUCGAAAAAAGUAUCGCAGCACCGAGUUCUUGUGAAUUCGAUCGUUUAUUUUCCUUCUCGGCUUACGUUCCGCGUCGCCUUCCUGCGGCCGAUGCCCGGCGCUUGUCUACAGCCGUAAGAAGGUUAUUUCCAAGGGAAUGUCGGCUACCGGAACAGCCAAGAGCAGCCGCUUACGCGUCGUCGCCACGUUGCCAGGAGCAGUGCUACUUCCCGAGGCUACCACGUGCUGUGUAAACGAAGAGGACGCACAGACGGUUUCCGAAUUCGGCCAAGAACGACAGCUGGGUUCCAGCCUGCUGUCGGUUGGUUCCUGCGUCUGUCGUAUUUGCCACACGAAUACCAGCAAGGAGCCACUGAUAUCCCCUUGUAGGUGCAAAGGCAGCCUGGCUUACGUCCACUUGUCGUGCCUGGAACGCUGGCUAAACCAAUCCUGUCGGAGUUAUUGCGAGCUCUGCUGUUACCACUUCAAUGCCGUUAAGACUCCACGUUAUCGAUGGUCCGAAGCUUUGAGGGUCUGGAUUCGACAUCCAAGGAAUCGCAGGCACAUGCAGUCUGAUCUUCUUAUUUUCACUUUGCUCACGAUUGUCAUUAUGGGACUGAUUGCUGUGUGCCUUUUGGGCAUGAGGUAUUUCGUCAUCGAGGGAGAAAAAAUUGGAAUUUCAAAACUCUGGACCAAGGGUGCUAUAUCAUUUGUUCUUAUGAUCGUAGUGCUGGGUUACGUCACGACGGUGUACCUGCUGAUAAAGGAUCAGAUGUCACCCUGGUAUCGAUGGUGGAAGAAUACGGUGAACGUGAGGCUAGUCAUGGCGACCGAAUCAUCCGGGAGCUCGGAGGUGUCUACGGUGGACCGAGAGAGAGACUCCCCUCAUCCUCCAAGGUCCAGGACUCUAAUCCAGGAGAAAAAGGAUCAGGACCAGGACGAGAACAAAAUAUGAAUCGGUUGUCGUGUGUAACCCGUAACAACAUCCUUAGUCACUAUAUUUCUUCUCGCAUCAGAGACGCCUCACGUGUCCCUCAAAAUACAGGAGACAAUAAAGAAUUCACAGGAUCGUUCGGAAUUGACGCGCCGCCCGAAGUCACUUGGAAUACAUUUGAUACUCGAGGUGGAAACCACUUGCGGUAAUGCCUUAUAGUUUUGUAUGAGCCUGUAUACGUGAUCCCUGUAAAUAAUUAAAUAAUCGAAAUGAAUGGUAGGGCGGGAAUCUUUA